AAAAAAACUACACUUCUCACUUCUCACAACUUUUUGCACAACUUUUAGACAGUGAUUACAUUUUCCCCUUUUAGAGCUUUUUAGAGAGAGAAAAUGGAGAAUCUAUGGCGAGCAGCAACCGGUCAAGAACCCGACCCAGAAGCCUACGCCGGAAUCGAAUUCUGGUCAAACCCCGAACGCUCCGGCUGGCUUACCAAACAAGGCGACUACAUCAAAACCUGGCGCCGCCGCUGGUUCGUUCUCAAGCAAGGCAAACUCUUCUGGUUCAAGGACCAAUCCUCCGCCGCCACACACUCCUCCGUCCCGCGCGGCGUCAUCUCCGUCUCCACCUGCCUCACUGUAAAAGGCGCCGAGGACGUUCUGCACAAAGCCUCCGCUUUUGAACUCUCGACGCCGGAGUCUACUAUGUUCUUUAUUGCUGAUAAUGAUAAGGAUAAGGAAGAUUGGAUCAAUUCGAUUGGGAGGGCGAUUGUUCUUGGGUCGAGAUCUCAUGCUGCUUCUGAGGUUAUUGAUUAUCGUCAAUCUAGUGAGACUUGAUCCUUGUUCUUGUUCUUGUUCGUCUCUUUGUAUACUAUAGUUCUUUGUUUUUCUUGAUUGUGAUGAUGAACCCAGUUGUAAAAGUAUUCAUCUGUAUUUUCUUUUUUGUUUUUUUCAAUAAAAAUUUAUGCUUUUUUGGUUUUUGGUAA